AGCAAGAGCAUGUGUAAAAUUUCACGCAAUUUCAAGCGUCAGAUUCUCUCACCGACCCCUCCUUCCAUCGUUUUCUCUACAAUUCUGAUUAUUUGUAACAGGAACAAAUCAAACUCCUUGUUUCAAUUGCCGGCCAAUCGCUCGACGAAAUGCUUCACUGAAAUCUCCAUGAAUUCGCCAAACACUCUUGAGAGUUGAGUCUGCUUACAAAAGGGGACACACAAGAUUGAGUCAAUCACUUGUUGAAGAUUAUCUGAAUUUGAUGCGAACCCAAUAAUCAAUCAAGUUGUUGAAAACCAUGGUUUUGAAGAACUCUGAGGAAUCAGUGGUAGCAAAAGAUUCUAAUGAAAAUGGGAAUUCAUCCAUUGUUGUUGAAGAAAAUUUGAAUAAAAAGCAGCGGAUUGAUGGUAGCUCAGAUGGACCUUUUGUAAUGCCGCUUAUAUCGAUUCAUAAAGUUGAAGAAGACAGUUCAAAGGCAUCUAUUGUCUUAUCUGGAACAGCUAGAAGGGGAGAACUUGGGCCACCUGUAGGAGCAGUGGACAUUGGCAUUAGCAAAAGUGCAUAUUUUUUUCAAGUUGCUCUACCCGGUGUCAAGAAGGAUCCUGGUCAGUUUAGCUGCGAGAUAGAACGGGAUGGGAGGGUUCAUGUCCGAGGAGAAACAUCAACGGGUGGAAAAACCGUUUCAAGACAUUCUCGAGUUUUUGAAAUGAAAUUCCAACAGCAAGCCCCGCCUGGACCCUUCAGUCUCUCGUUCAGCCUUCCAGGACCUGUUGAUCCAAGGCUGUUUUAUCCAAACUUUAGAUCAGAUGGCAUUUUUGAAGCCAUUGUGAUGAAAUGCGAGUAGUAGAUUAGUUGCAUGCAUGCAUGCAUGCAUUUAUAUAAGCAGAUUUUGUGUAUUUUACAGGGAUGAAGACUGAUGAUGAUGAUGUCGAAUAGCAGCUAAAUGCGGGUUGUUUGAGACGGUUAAUUGUAGCUA